UUUCGGUCCCCACCAGCCGUAGCACCUCCUGCGGCAACUGGGAAUGCUCUAGAGGGACGCGCCAGCUCGGUUCGCUGUCUUUAUCAGCAGCGGAGACGCAGCAGGAGCACUGACUCCCCACGCUCGGAGGAAGAUACGGCAGCGCCCGUGGCUCAUCCAGCUGCACCUCCCGGCGUGCCCCGGCCCCGCUGGCCGCGGAAGAGAGCAGCAUGCCGGGAACCGUAGUCUGCCCUCGCCUCCGCCCACGGCCCGGCGCCGAUCGCGGCUGCAAGCCCUCGCCUCGGCAGUCUCUGUCCGCCUCCCCCUCCUGCCUUCGGAUGGAGGUCUCCGAGGAGCUGGAGAGCAGCCUCCUGAUCCAGCCCUGGGCUUCUGUUCACUUUGUCGAGUCUGCUUUUCUUGCCAAAGUGUGCUUCAGGGAUACCGGCUAUAUCCUGCUGAUCUCUGACCUCAGUAGUGUCUGGUACGAGAGUGCAGGCACCGAGGCUGUAGGACAAAGGUCCAAGGAGCUGAACAAACGGCUGACGGUCAAUGUGUCCUCCUUCCUGAACCACUUGUGCAACCUGAUGUGCCCCUUGCUGGCAGGGCAGCCAGCACCUGCCACCACCUUCUCCUGCAACCGCUCUGCCAGUGGCCUCAUCCUGCAUGUAAAGAGCGAACUGUCAGGACUGCCCUUCUACUGGAACUUCCACUGCUCCCCUGCUCCCUUGGAAAUGGUGUCCCGUCACCUCGUGCGGCCCUUGAUUCGGAUGAACCUGGCGCUGCAGCACCAGGUGCAAGAGCUGAUCUCCCUGGUGCUCCAGAAGGAUGCUGAGAUUGAAGAUUACAAGGAGAGUGGGGCCACUCUCAGCAGAGACCGACUGCGGACAGAGCCCUUCCAGGAGGAGACAUUUCAGCAGAACUUCAUGGCUGAGAGGCUGCCUGAGAUCUUUGGUGCGGGAGAAGGGCAGGCGUUUGCCUCUGCUCUGCAGCAGCUCUACACAGCAGUGAUGCAGCAGGAGGCCAAGCAGGCUCAGAAGCGGCAGUGCUCAGAGGAUGAUGCAGACCUAGUGUACACUGCAGAAAUCACAAGGGACCCCCAUUCACCUCCUCCAUCCCAGGAGGAUGAAAAAACGUCUUACAGAGAGAGAACCACGCCACCCUGCUCCCCAGCUCAGAAGCCUCGGCUGUCUACAGCCAAGGCCAAGCCAAAGAAGGCAAAGGGGCUCUUCAGCUGAAUGGUUUCUGCCACCCCUCCCUGAUGGUCUCUGCUCCCCCCAGCAUCCAAGAAAGGGAGUGCGGGACACCCAUGCAUCCUCUACCUCUUCUCCUGCAUCUCCUGGUGAACCCUGUGCAAGGUCAUGGUCCCCUCCCAAGGUGCCUCCAGCUGAGGAGAUGGAGCUCCUUUCUUCAAGAGUGCCUCUGAAAACAGCUUUUCUUCCCUGGUGCAGAGCUUGCCCAGGCUUCUUCUCAUGGCAAAGCCAGUGCUGGACCUUGGGGAAAUGGGAGGGAUGCUGCCAGUGGGUGUGGGACAGCCAGGGCUCUGGCAGAGCUGUAGGAUUUGACUGCUGUCAUGUGGGUUUUCAAUAAAGGGCUGUGCCUGGCUGUGUCCCUCUCC